CCCCCACACCCCACUUUCGAUCUCAGUACUCUCUCUCCCUUAAACCCUAAAACCCUAAGGCCCUGCCCCCAUUUUCGUUUUCUCAUUUUCUCUCUAAUUUUCCAGUGAGAACAUGACUAGCAUCCUUGUACUUAGGAAAUCCUCCGUUUCUUCCUCAGCCAGACUCGCCCUUUCUGCCGUAUCCCAUCUCUUCUCCUCCUCCUCCUCCCCCUCCCCCUCUCCAAUAAUCAAUGGUGAUCGGACUCGAAUUUCCAGAGAUGCCCUCCUUCACGUUCACAACUUUACCACUACCGCAGCGGGUGGUGGUAGUAGCGGAGUACGGCCGCCGUUUUCGACAGCAAUAAGGGGGUUUCAUGCGGGUCGGCCUUUGAGGGCUGCCGGGUUCGCGGUCACGGCGGAUUUCUCUGAUGAUGAGAAGAAAUCGGCCGGUCGUCUUGGGGGUAGUAGUGCUGAUGCUGAUGGGCUUGAGAUUUCGAAGCUUGGGAUUGCCAAUGACAUCGUCUCUGCUCUGGCCAGAAAGGGCAUCACUAAACUCUUUCCUAUUCAGAGAGCUGUUCUGGAACCAGCAAUGCAAGGCCGUGAUAUGAUAGGCCGUGCUAGGACAGGGACCGGGAAGACCCUUGCUUUUGGCAUCCCUAUUUUGGAUAAGAUAAUCCGUUUCAAUGAAAAGCAUGGACGUGGGAGGAAUCCUUUGGCAAUAGUCCUUGCCCCUACUCGAGAACUUGCUCGCCAGGUGGAUAAGGAGUUUUAUGAGUCUGCACCUAGCCUGGAUACGCUUUGUGUUUAUGGUGGUACACCCAUUUCCAGCCAAAUGAGCACCCUUGAUCGCGGUGUUGAUGUUGUGGUGGGCACCCCUGGGAGGGUGAUUGAUUUGAUUAAAAGGGGUGCUUUGAAUUUAUCCGAAAUUCAGUUUGUUGUUCUUGAUGAGGCUGAUCAGAUGCUUAACGUGGGAUUUGCUGAAGAUGUCGAGACAAUCUUGGAAAAUAUUCGGCAAGAGCAUCAAACCAUGAUGUUCUCAGCUACAAUGCCGGGUUGGAUUAUGAAAAUAACUCGGAAAUUUCUGAAAAAUCCAGUGGAAAUUGAUCUUGUUGGAGACUCUGACCAGAAAUUAGCUGAAGGAAUUUCUUUGUUUGCAAUUGCAUCAGAGAUGCAUCAGAAACCUUCUAUUCUUGGACCUCUAAUAACAGAGCAUGCUAAAGGCGGUAAAUGCAUCGUUUUUACUCAAACUAAACGUGAUGCAGACCGUUUGGCAUAUUCUAUGCAAAGAAACUUAAGAUGUGAAGCUUUGCAUGGAGAUAUUUCUCAGAAUCAGAGGGAAAGAACUUUGUCCGGGUUCCGAGAUGGCCGCUUCAAUGUUCUUGUGGCCACUGAUGUUGCGGCACGGGGCCUUGAUGUGCCUAACGUAGAUUUGGUGAUUCAUUAUGAGCUCCCAAAUUCUUCAGAGAUCUUCGUGCAUAGGUCUGGUCGAACAGGACGUGCAGGGAAGAAAGGAACUGCUAUUCUCAUUUACUCUUCAAACCAGUAUAGAGAUGUUAAGACUAUUGAGCGGGACGUAGGGUCCAGAUUCACAGAGCUUCCAAGAAUUGCUACUGAGGGUGGGUCAUCGGACAUGUUUGAUGACUUUGGACGUGGUGGUGAUCGCUUUGGCUCCUUCGGAAGCAUGGGCGGUGGUCGUGGUUCAAGUUUUGGUCGAUCUGGGAGCUUUGGUAAUUCUGGGAGUGGCCGUUUUGGUGGAUAUGGUGGGUCCUCCUCUGGUAGACCAGGUGGUUUUAGCGGAUAUGGUUCACGUGGUGGAUCUGGUGGUCCUAAUUCCCGUCAGUCAGGCAAUUUUGGCGGGCUUGGAUCUAGCCGUCCAGGUGGUUUCGGCAAUCAGAGAGGUUCAGAUCGCACAGGUAGCUUUGGAGGUUCUGGUCUUAAUAGCAGCAGAUUUGGUGAUACAAGUUCUGGUCAGGGUCGUUCAGGAGGGUCUGAUCCUUCUGGUGAUGACAUGAAUUUUGAUAAUCAGAAGUCUGGGAGAAAAUUUUUCUAACUUCAGUAUGAGGGUUUUAUUUGUUGCUCUCUCAUGGAUGAGAAGAUUAGAGAAGAUAGCUACGGUGGAUUGACUGUCAGGUGGGCCGAAGGUUUAAAGUCCAUUUUGUGGCACAUUGGCAUUACCUCUCAGCCCAGGUUUACAGUACCAAUUCUACUAUACUAGUAUUUAUUGUGCUUGAAUAUCAUUAGAUAAUUAACCCACCACCUAUUAUUAUUAUUGCAUAGAAAAGUUCCCAUGUGUAAUAUAUUUUAGCCAAUCGAAGGUCGUUCUUUUUCCUUUUUCAAAGAUCGCAUUGUUAUCCUUGUUUAUAUUUUUUUCAUUAGUCAUGAUUCCUGUCAAAAGUAAGUCAAAGUGCUUGAAAUAUUUGCUUUCCAUUUCCUUGCAAAAAUUAUUGCCUACUGCAGCUGCUAACGCAUACAUAAUGCCAUUGUGCUGACUUCUAUUUGAA